AUGAAGUCAUCCCUCAUCUUCGCCACCGGCGCGACUGCAGCGGCAGUCGCCAACUCUUCCUACCUGACCUGGACAGCCGACUCGCAGAUCAGACACGGCGUGAGGAAAACAUUCGGCUACACACAAGCCACCCUGUACGAAGGCUACGAAGCCGCCAUCGCCCUGACCCACAACCAGACCCUCGUGGACUGGUACCGGGGCCAAAUCGACCCCCUCGUGGCUGCCAACGGCAGCAUCGUGAACUGGAACUCCACCCACUACUCGCUGGACGAUUACCGCAUCGGUAAUAACUUUCUGUGGUGGUACGACCGCACGGGCGAGCAGAAGUUCAAGACCGCCGCGAACACCAUUCGCGAGCAGCUCAACCGGCACCCGCAGAACAACGAGGGCGGCUUCUGGCACCGCGCGCCCGUGUACAAGGACCAGAUGUGGCUCGACGGCAUCUUCAUGGCGGACACGUUCUACGCGACCUGGACACGCAAAUUCGACAGCGACAACGCAACGGCGUGGAACCACAUCGUCCACCAAUUCGACACCAUUGAAAAGUACACGCGCAACACGACCACUGGGCUGCUCGUCCACGGCUACGAUGAGAGCAAGAGCAAGGUCUGGGCCGACCCCGUGACGGGCGCGGCACCACACGUGUGGAGCAGAGCGGUGGGAUGGUACUUUAUGGCGCUGCUCGAGACGAUUCCGCUGCUGCCCGCGACGCACCCGGGCAGAGCACGGUUGGUGAGGUACUUCACGACGCUGUCGGCGGCGCUGAAGAAGACGCAGGACGCGUCGGGAGGCUGGUGGCUGAUCAUGGAGGAGCCGUACCCCGGCGCCGAGGGGAACUACAUCGAGUCUUCGGCGUCGGCCAUGUUCACGUACGGCCUGCUGCGGGGCAUGCAAGACGGGUAUCUGAGGGAGAGGGAGUACCUGAGUUCGGCGAAGAAAGGGUAUCAUCUACUGACCAGCAGGUUCAACACUGUAAGGGCCGACGGCACGCUAGACUGGCAGGGCACCGUUGAAGUGGGCAGCCUGGGCGGCAACGCGACGUAUGAGUACUACAUCGGUGUGCCGCUCGUUGUGAACGACUACAAAGGCGUGGGGCCUUUCAUGCUAGCGAGCUAUGAGAUGGAGAUUCGGAAGUGA